AUGGUGAGGGUACAGUGUGUCGUUGCGGCCUUGGCGCGCAAGUUCGGGACCUGCGACAGCCCUCUGACGGCAGAUGAAGUUCUUCUAGAAGAAGCCUUGGCUCACAUUCUGAAGGAAGCUGAAGAAGGCGAACUAGAAGUGACUCGUUUCGACCAAAUGAUUCGAGAUGACCAUCCAGAGGGCGAAGUAAACAACAACAAUGAGCCGGACUAUGAGGACGACGAAGAGGUGGAGGUACCCAAGAAAGACCCCGGCAUCUGGAUCUACUUCGGCGCCAAGAAAGUCCAUGUGGAUAAGCAAAGGAUGCCAUUCAACUCUAUGGCCCGGCUGCUC